UCCAUUUAUUGGUUUCAUCAAAUCUGGUGAAUGUCAUGUAUUGAGACAAGUAGAAGUGAUGGAAAAACUUGCUAAUGGGCAAGAGGUUAAAAGAAAGAAGCAAGUAGUUAUGGGCAGAAUGAAGAAGUCUCAGUCUUUUGGUGAAAUAAGUGUUUUACAGAAUGAAGCAAUUACUUGUUCAAUUGUCACAGCUUCAAAUAUUGAAAUUGGUGUGAUCACCCCUGAUAGGAUAAUAGAGCUUGAUGAUACAACACGUUCCCUAUUAGUACAGUCCAAUGAACCAACAUUUGGGAAAUUGACCAACCAAGAUAUCCACGAUGAAUAUGUGGAUCAGGAACUAAAACGAGAGUGGAACCAGUUCAAACAUGGCGUGGUCAUAGAUGUCAUCAAUUCAAAGGGUAUCAGACCUGGAUAUGGAAAAUGGAACAAAUAAUGUGUGAAACAAUUAGAUAUUACUUGAUUAACUAAAUGACUAAUCUGUUGAUAGAUACAACUAAGGCAAUAACAUUACUUUGUAUAAAAUGUUUAAUUACAUUAUACAUGUACAUAUUCAAUAAUUAAUUAUUGAAUGGUUAUACACUUGCCUAGGUCAUUUAUGUUUGAUGGAUGUUACAUGAGACUAUAGCAACAAUGGUAACUGGAAAGAAAUUGAGCGAGCACCCUGCCCCACAAAUUGUGCCAAAACUUACUUACAGGAUUAUAAAUGUGAUGGUAAAAAAAAACAUGCUGCUGCUGCUGUGCAAAUUCAUCUUGCAAUACUAGUCACUUUCAGUUGCUCAGCAGAACCCAUAUUCUUGUGUAUCAAUGUUGGUUUUGAAUGUACACAUACAUUGCUACUAUAUUCAUAUGUAUAUAUGUAUUAUUUGAUAUUCUUAAAAUAAAAAAGAAGAAAAAGUAAA